AAAAAACAAACUUCUCUCUAGAUGAUGCAUACAAUUCUUGCUCAGGAAGGCAGAAUUCGUCAAGGAAGUUAAUUACCGGCUGGUUCCAGUUCCAAUAGGACCAUGGAGGAGUUGAAUGAUGUUUGGCACUCGAUGAACGAUGAAGAACUUAUGUGGAGAGCUUCAAUGGUACCUCAAAUAGAGAAGAACCCGUUUAAUCGAAUCCCGAGAGUGGCAUUCUUGUUCUUAACAAGGGGUAGAUUGCCAUUGGCACCUCUUUGGGAGAUGUUCUUUAAAGGACAUGAAGGGUUGUUCUCAAUAUACAUUCAUACUUCACCAGAUUUCAACUAUGAACCUCCUCCAUCAUCUGUGUUUUAUAAAAGAAGGAUACCUAGCCAGGCAGUGCAAUGGGGAAGAUCAACCAUGAUUGAUGCAGAGAGAAGACUUUUAGCAAAUGCACUUUUAGACAUUUCCAAUGAAAGAUUCAUAUUACUCUCUGAAUCAUGCAUUCCUUUCUUCAAUUUCACUACAAUCUACACUUACCUCACAAAUUCCGACCAAAGUUUCCUCGGAUCAUUUGACGAUCCGAGGAAAAUAGGUCGUGGUAGGUACAACAAACGUAUGUACCCGAACAUAACACUUUCCGAUUGGAGAAAAGGCUCACAAUGGUUCGAAGUACAUCGCAAACUUGCAGUAAAAAUAGUCUCUGAUGUGAUGUAUUACCCUGUUUUUAAGAACUAUUGUGUGCCACCAUGUUACAUGGAUGAACAUUACUUGCCUACAUUGGUGAAUAAAGUUUGUCCAGGAUUAACUUCGAAUCGGAGUGUUACGUGGGCUGAUUGGUCAGCUGGUGGCUCACACCCGAUGACAUUUUUGAAGAAAGAUGUGACAGAGGAGUUUUUGAAGAGUGUUGGGAGUGAGUUGAAUUGUAGUUAUAAUGGAAAGAUGAGUUCAAUAUGUUUUCUUUUUGGGAGGAAAUUUCAUCCUAGUACUUUGCAACCUUUACUUAGGAUUGCACCAAAAUUGCUUGGUUUUGGUUGA